AUGGCCGAGCGUGCUAAUCGGACGCUGGUCGAGAUGGCUCGAUGCAUGCUAAAAGACAGUGAUAUGGAGAAGACAUUCUGGGCGGAGGCUCUGGUGACUGCCGCGUACAUUCGCAACACAAUCAGCACGGCGACGCGUACUCACACUACGCCGUAUGAAGAAAAGUUUAAUCGUCUUUUCGAUUACGGCAGUCUUCGCGUGUUUGGCACUGAGUGCUUUGCUCACGUACCAAAGACAAAGAGGUCAAAGCUUGACGACAGCGGUGUUCGAUGCCGUAUGCUUGGGUACCUCGAAAAUCAGAAGGGCAAUCGCCUACUGAACGCAUCAACGGUCCAGAUAAUGCACUCGCGAAGCGUCACAUUCGAUGAAUCUGCGCGUGAAAAAGUGAAGCCAGAGACUGACGAAGAUGUCGAGUCAGAUGGACACGAGACCGAAAUGACAGAUACUAAGUUUCACGGUUCAGUAGAUGCGAAUUUGAACGACAACGAUGCGCGCGGGAUGGCAAGUGAACAUCAGCUCGUGCAUUGCAAUUACCCUCAAACGCAUCAGCUUCAAAUAGUUGAUCCACGGGGAUCAUUAUCCUUACCCGGCUUCACCAGUAUUCAGCCACACGGUAAUGCUGAAGUUCAAGUUCAAGGUCAUCAUCAACUAAAUGGAUGUACCGACAUAGUGCUACCGGAUCCGGAAGAGAGCAUGUCACCUCGAAUGACUGGUCGACAGAUGAUUACCAGCAAGCCGUCUGGUAUUCCUGAUCGAGACGGCUUAAAUCAGCGACGGGUGCGACCUGCGCGGAAGAAGCGUGGUAUACUACGCUAUGAAGACGAGUUCAAUGGAAUGCGUCGUAUGGAUUUUAACGAGGCAGACUUGGAAGACGAGUUUGAUGGUCUGCAUUGCUACUCAACUGCAUUGAACGAUGAGAAACAGACAACGUACGAUGGUAUCAUGCAGUCUGAAUUGAAGGUUCAGUGGAAAGCGGCAAUGGAUGCUGAGAUAAAAUCGCUGUCGCAGCAUAAGACAUGGGAGUUGGUCGACCUUCCACCAGGAAAGAAGAUGAUCGGCAGCAGAUGGUUGUUUAAGGUGAAACUGAAUGCGGAUGUCAGCAUAAACAAAUUUAAGGCGCGUCUGGUCGCUCAAGGGUUUACACAGCAGUUUGGAGUCGAUUUUAAUGAAAAAUUUGCGCCUGUCGCAAAGCAAACAACUGUGCGCACCGUCUUGUCGAUUGCAGCUGGUGAAAAUCUGGAUGCAGAACAGGUUACUGUCGACACAGCUUUUUGGUUGCACCGAUCGAAGAAGAGCUGUAUAUCAAGCAACCAGACGACUAUGAAGAUAAGACGCACCCAUACAAGGUCUGCCGAUUUGCUUAAGAGCCUAUACGGGACAAAACAAACAGCACGCCAGUGGAAUAAAACUCUGGACGAUUUUUUUGGUGCCCAUGACUUUGUGUGA